AUGCGGGCGUCCGUGUCCUGCUGGGACUCGGCACACGUUUUUUUCUGGCUCUUCCUCAAUGUGUGGCUCUUCUGGAAAACCUUCCUGCUCUAUUAUCAAGGGCUGCAGUAUUAUUAUUUGCAUCAGAUGUUAGGGCUAGGAUUGUGUGUUAGCAGAGCUUCAGCAUCUGUCCUCAAUGUCAACUGCUGCCUGGUCCUUCUACCAGUGUGCCGUGUUCUCUUGGCCUUCCUGCGAGGAUCUCAGAAGGUUGCCAGCAGGAAAACCAGAAGGCUGCUAGAUAAAAGUAAAACUUUCCAUGUGACGUGUGGUGUUACAAUAUGCAUCUUUUCAGUCUUACAUGUUGCUGCUCAUCUGGUGAACGCUCUUAACUUCUCUGAGAACUACAACGAAGACUUUCUGGCACUAAACGCAGCGAACUAUCGUGGUGAGGACCCGAGGAAACUGCUUUUUGCUACUGUUCCAGGUCUGACUGGAGUCAUUAUGGUGUUAGUAUUAUUCCUAAUGUGUACAGCUUCUACGUAUGCCAUCAGGGUUUCAAACUAUGACAUCUUCUGGUAUACACACAACCUUUUCUUUGUCUUCUAUAUGCUGCUGAUGCUACAUGUUUCUGGGGGAGUGCUCAAGUACCAGACCAACUUAGAGGAACACCCUCCUGGUUGCUUUAAUCCUAACAAAACACUUCAAGAGAAUAUGACGGUGCCAAAGGCUUUUGAAGAGACGUUUCCUGACUAUACUACUGAACCUUUCCCAGAGGACUUAUCAGUACCAGAACCCUUUGUACAAAAUAACUUUAUGAGAAUUUGUUCUGAGGAACCCAAGUUCCAGUCACACUUCCCAGAGACCUGGUUUUGGAUUUCUGGACCUCUGUGCUUGUACUGCGUGGAAAGGCUGUACCGCUACAUCCGCAGCAAUAAACCGGUCACAAUAACUUCAGUGAUAAGCCAUCCCUCCAAUGUCCUCGAAGUAAGGAUGAUGAAAGCCGACUUUAAAGCAAGGCCUGGUCAGUAUGUUAUUCUACACUGUCCAAGAGUGUCCACACUGGAAAGCCAUCCAUUCACCCUUACAAUGUGCCCUACAGAUACCAAAGCAACGUUUGGGGUCCACCUUAAAGUAGUAGGAGACUGGACAGAAAGAUUUCGGGAUUUACUGCUUCUACAUUCAAAUCAAGAUACAGAGAUUCUGCCCAUCUUUCAGCAGAGGCGCUAUCCCAAACUGUAUGUGGAUGGACCUUUUGGAAGUCCCUUUGAGGAAUCCCUGAACUAUGAGGUCAGCCUCUGCGUGGCUGGAGGUAUUGGAGUUACACCAUUUGCAUCAGUACUCAACACACUGCUUGAUGGCUGGAAAUGCUACAAGCUCAGAAGACUCUACUUCAUUUGGGUGUGCAGGGACAUUGAAUCUUUCCGCUGGUUUGCAGAUCUGCUCUGUAUGUUGCAUGACAAGCUUUGGCAGGAGAAUAGACCAGACUAUAUAAACAUCCAGCUGUACCUCAGUCAAACAGAUGGAAUACAGAAAAUAAUUGGUGAAAAAUAUCAAGCUUUAAACUCAAGGCUUUUGAUUGGACGACCCCGGUGGAAACUCCUUUUUGAUGAAAUAGCGAAGUGUAACAGGCGGAAGACCAUUGGAGUUUUCUGUUGUGGACCAAACAAAAUCUCUAAGAUACUUCAUAAACUGAGCAACAGCAGCAACUCUUAUGGGACAAGGUUUGAGUAUAAUAAAGAAUCCUUCAGCUGA